UUUGAUUGAUAUUUCUUUUAUCUAUUCAGGUGAAUCUUCCCUUGAGUUCAUCAUUAACGAGCCCCCUGUCCCUGGUAACUGUUCAGUUUCUCCCUUCAAUGGCACGGCCCUGGAAACCACCUUCAACACCUUCUGCGCGGACGAGUUUCAGGACGAUGAUAAGCCUUUCGGAUACAAAGUGGGAUAUCGCAUUUUCCCAGACGAUGACUGGAGCUGGAUCUAUGAAGGCAGCACUUACACCAUGCGAAAGGCCGCCUAUCUGCCGCAAGGAAAUUCGGAUAAGAACUACGAAAUUGAAGUCAAGGUUCAAGCCAUCGAUGCCAUCGGUUCGGCCGCUGAAGUGAUCUCUACUGCAGUCGUGUACCCUCCCUCUGCUGAGACCAUGGCAGCUAUGAUGGGUAAUAUGACGGGGCCGGAUGGAUACAUUCAGCAACUGGCCAGGAUGGGAGACGCGCGUGAAAUGAUGCAGACACUUGGCGUACUUGUGGCCUAUAUGAACAUAAAUAAUAUGUAUUCUGUUGAUGCUGCUUUAGCUGAACAAUUCAACGAAACUGAAAUCGCCCUGGCGCUGCUUAACGCUAUUGCCGACGCCGACCUGACCGACAGCGAACGCACCCAGAAGGAUACUCUGACGGCCAGGAUGGAUGCUCUGAGAUCAGAAAACGCUUCUGCGUACCAGACAUGGUUUGACCAGAGAGUACAGAUCCGUCAAGAAAUCUGUCAAGCGUUGUCACUUAUGAACUUUGUAAGCUUGUCAACAGGCCGUCUCAUUGUGUCUGGAUUGAGAGACAUGGUCAAAUUGCCCAAUGAAGUUAAUGCCUUGGCCGUGGAAGCCAUUGGUACAGUGGCACAAAAAGUGUGGGAUUUGCUGGACGCCAAUAAAGAUGCUAUGGAAGGGCCAGAUCUAACUGCGAACGCCAAACUUCUGAUAGAAAUUAUUGGUCGAACUCUAGAUGCCAUUAAUGCUAUUAAUGAAGCUGGAAACCUAGAGGCGGAUCUGGAAGAGAUUUUGAGGGCAACAAGGACCAAUCUCGUCACUAUGACGAAAUACAUCGGUCAAGGCGUGAUGGACAAAAAAGUGGUGGGCGAACCCACAACAACCAUCUCCACGACUAAAAUGCAGGUCAGCACUCAGUUGGAAUACCCUGAUAAGCUCGAUAAAGCAACUCUUGGUGCCGGCAGCAGUGGUGAUAUCAACAUGCCGGGUAUGGACAGCCUCAUAGGAACCGGAAACGAUACUACGUCCUCACUUAAAUACAUGGUAGCGGCGAUGAAGAGCAACCCGUAUGCUGGGGCCAAUGCCACCAACACGAGCGGUAGCGCCGACGACGUGGUUGAAGACCUCACACCGAACUCACCGGUUAUAUCUCUGGAUUUCAAAAAUGAAACGGGAGGUGAAAUGAAAGUUCAAGACUUGGACGAUCCCUUUAAUAUCUACAUCAACCGAGAUGCCAGCAAAGUCCAACUGACAGAGGUUCACAACUUCACCACAGCCUGGGAUGAAAAGAUGGUGAUACAUAAGAUCAUCCUUCCUGGAAACAUCGGUCUUAGCAUCAAGGUUUGGGACUGGUCACCGGUGCCACCACAGAACGUCAGCAACUCAACUGACGACUUGACCACCACCGAGUUCCCAGAGACCACGACUUUCGACAUGGAAACCACAACGUUUGACUUCAAUGCGACGAACUCAACGGAGGAGCUUGCCGGUUUCGAUAAUACCACUUUCAUGGUAUUUGUAGGCAUUGGGCGGUUGCCAACUGUUGAAGUCCAUGAUUUUAAUUGCACCCUGCCCAUGGAUUUCAGCGAUCUUGAUGUUAAUGACACCACUCAUCCGAGGAAUAAGUAUGGUCUCCCGGACCCUAGUGUCUGCUUCAUGUCGAACGCGUUUCUAAACAGGUAAUAUGAUCAUUUACAAAUGCAACACUACGUUACUUUUAUCAUUAGCUAAGACUUUAUAUUCAUAUAUCAAAUUUUUGUUCAUUUUAUGAUCUAAUGGUUGAUAAUGGAUAAAGUAAUGGGGCAAUGGAGUCACUUCCUACGUAAUGGAUCGCGGUUCGCGAGCUGCCAAUUACAUAAUAUUAUGUUGGAUUACGCAAAGCUUAAAGCUUAACUCUGUAGAUCAUAAAAGGUGGGGAUUACUUC